UGUGGCUCCACAAACGUUCCCAACAUGUGGAGGUGCCCAACUUACUGAACGCGCCAGCCGGAAACUAUGGAAGUGAUUUCGGAACCCACAGCGGCGGCCGGCCGCCUCUUGUUUGGUAUCGCCGACUACGUCGUCUUCAGCGCCAUGCUGCUCGGCUGCGUGGCCAUCGGCGUCUACUUUGGAUUCUUCAAGGUCGCCGUCAACGCCGAGCAGUACCUGCUAGGCGGACGUCGCAUGGCUAUGUUUCCCGUAGCUGUUUCUCUGGUAGCCAGCUCUAUCUCGGGCAUCACGCUUCUCGGCACGCCUACGGAACUCUAUCUUCGAGGCACGCAGUACGUCUUCAUAAACGUGUCGUUCUUCACGGCGUCUCUCUUCAUAGGCUUCACAUACCUUCCUGUGUUCCACGGCCUUCGAAUGACCUCCAACUACGAGUACCUGGAGAUGAGGUUUGGGAAGAGUGCCCGGCUGCUAGGCUCGUCCCUGUUUAUAGUUGGCAUUAUAUCGUGGAUUCCAAUUGUUAUGUACGUGCCUGCUCUCGCCUUUAAUCAAGUGACUGGCAUCAACGUGCACAUUGUGACUCCGAUUGUCUGCGCCGUGUGCAUAUUCUACACCUGCGUGGGCGGCCUUAAGGCGGUCGUGUGGACGGACGUCAUCCAGAGCGUACUAAUGUUCAUGGCAGUCAUUCUGGUGAUCGUCAAGGGCACAAUCGACGUCGGAGGACUGGCCACGGUCUGGCAGCGGAACGUGGACAGCGGCAGGAUAGAGCUACCUGACCUCGGGUUCGAACUCACGGCCCGCCACAGCUGGUUCGGCUUCCUCGUGGGCAAUUUCUUCGGCUGGUUGCCGAUCGGCGUCUCCCAGAUGACGCUGCAGAGGUUCGCCUCAGUCGAGAGCCUCCCCAAGGCGCGAAUGACAAUGUGGGUGUUCAUUACUGGUGCAAUGUUCCUCAUUAUGAUGAGCUGCUAUAUUGGUUUGCUCACUUAUGCAGUGUUCCAUGACUGUGAUCCUCUCAUUACUAAGCAAGCGAGCGCCAAGGAUCAACUGGUCCCGCUGUUGGUGAUGCAAGCCCUAGAGGACUUACCUGGUCUGCCGGGAAUCUUUGUUGCGGGUAUCUUCAGCGCCGCCCUCAGCUCCAUGUCGACCGCGCUCAACUCUGUCUCUGCUGUGGUGCUCGAGGACUUCUUCAAGACGUUCUACGGGCAGGACGCGCUCUCCGAGCGCCAGACCGACAUCCUGCUCAAGAGCGUCGUGGUGAUCUUCGGCAUCCUCUGUACGUCGCUCGUCUUUGUGGUCGAGAAGCUCGGCACAGUGCUGCAGCUGUCUAUGUCUCUGGAUGCAAUUAGCAACGGUCCAGUCCUGGGUGUCUUCACCGCCGGUAUGUUUCUGCCAUGGGUCAACACCUGGGGUGCGAUCCUCGGAGGACUGGCAGGCUUGAUCUUCAUGGGCUGGGUGGUGCUUGGCUCACAGGCGGUCAUGGCCACCGGACUCAUCACCAUCCCCAGCAAGCCGGUGUCCAUCGCGGGCUGCAGCGCCGACCUCCUGCGCCACCUCAACACCACGGCCAUCACCGCAGCCGCCAACAGCACCAUCACGGCGGAUGCUGCAAGCUCUGUUCUGCCCAUCUACCGAGUGUCGUACCUGUGGUACACAAUGAUGGGCCUCGUGGUGACGCUGGUGGCUGCGAUGGUCAUCAGCCUGGUCACGGGGAAAAGGGACCUCGCCUCCGUGGACAGGAGUCUGGUGACGCCUCUGAUGCGGUGGGUGCUGCCCAAGGGCCGGAUGGCGUCCGCCACCAGGGUGGACCGCGUCCGUAGCAGCAUCUCCACGUACGAAGGCUACAAGGUGAGCCAGCACCAGUGGUGGGCCAGCAAGUGCGUCUCGGCUGUCAAGAUGCAAGUUAUAUUCACAAACGAUCAAAAGAAGAAGGAGGGAUCUUGA